AUGGCCUUCUCAUCACCGUCCUCGGCCUUCUUGGCCCGGUUCGCCGCCCUGACGCUCCUCAUUACAUCCGUCCUGGCAAAGACCAUCGAGCUCGACUGGAGCAUUGGAUGGGUCCUGACCAACCCGGACGGCGCCUUCGACAAACCGACCAUCGGCGUCAACGGCCAGUGGCCGCUGCCUCUCAUCGAGGCCGACAAGGGCGACCGGCUCGUCCUCACCGUCCACAACCACCUGGGCAAUGCGAGUACCAGCCUUCACUUCCACGGCCUGUUCCAGAAUGGGACGAAUCACAUGGAUGGUGCCGUUGGCAUAACCCAGUGCGCCAUCCCGCCCGGAAAGUCGUUUACAUAUGAUUUCAAGUUUGACCAAGUCGGCACCUACUGGUACCAUGCGCACAACGACGGUCAGUACCCCGAAGGCCUCCGCGGUCCUCUGGUCAUUCACGACCCCAAGGGCCCCUACGAGGGUAGAUAUGACGAGGAGCUCGUCAUCACCUUCUCGGAUUGGUAUCACCAAUCGACCCGAUCUCUCAUCAAGGAGUUGAUCAGCGUCGAGAACCCUACCGGCGCCGAACCCGUACCCAACUCGGCUCUCAUGAACGACACCCAGAGCCUACAUGUCCACGUCCAGCCCGGCAAGACCUACCUCAUCCGCAUGGUCAACAUUGGCGCAUUCUCUUCUCACUACGUCUGGUUCGAGGGCCACAAGCUGCGUGUUGUUGAGGUCGACGGAGUCUGGACGCAGGAGGCCGACGCCGAGAUGCUCUACAUUGCCCCUGCGCAGCGUUACAGCGUUCUGCUGACGACCAAGAAGGAUGCGUCCAAGAACUUUGCCAUCGUCGGCGCCAUGGACGAGGAGCUCUUUGAUGUGAUCCCCGACGGUCUGAACUCCAACGUCACCGGCUGGCUAGUGUACGACGACAAGAAGCCCCUGCCAGAGCCUGCUGCCGUCGGCGACUUUGCCCCCUUUGACGACUUUGAGCUGGUCCCCUUUGACAAGCAGGAGGUCUACGACAAGGUCGACUACUCCUUCAGCCUCAACGUCAAGAUGGACAACCUCGGCGACGGCGCAAACUACGCCUUCUUCAACGACAAGACCUACGUCCUCCCCAAGGUGCCCUCGCUCUACACCGCCCUGACCGUCGGCGCCGACCACGCCGCAGACCCCCGCGUCUACGGCACCCACACCAUCCCGCACGUCCUGAAGCACAACGACAUCAUCGAGAUCGUCCUCAACAACGAGGACGACGGGAAGCACCCCUUCCACCUGCACGGCCACCAGUUCCAGGUCGUCCACCGCUCCGACGAGGACGCCGGCGCCUUCGCCAACGACACGGGCCUCGCCCUGCCGCGCCACCCCAUGCGCCGCGACACCCUCAUCGUCGAGGGCAACGGCAACUUUGUCAUCCGCUUCAAGGCCAACAACCCCGGCGUGUGGCUGUUCCACUGCCACAUCGAGUGGCACAUGGACCAGGGGCUCAUCGCGACCAUCGUCGAGGCCCCCGAGGCUCUGCAGGGACAAAAGAUCCCCGAGGGCCAUCUGGACGUCUGCCGUGCCGCCGGCGUCCCGACGCGCGGCAACGCCGCCGGGAACACCAAAAACGUGCUCGACCUCAGCGGCGAGAACAAGCCCGUCGGUCCUCUGCCGGAGGGCUUCACCCCCAAGGGCUACGUCGCCAUGUUUUUCAGCUGCGUUGCUGCGUUCUUGGGCCUGGGCAUCAUUUCAUGGUAUGGAGCCAUGGACUCCGACAAGAAGGAGACGAGUAUCGAAGAUCCCUCCGCCUCCGAAUCUAGGGACCGGGGUGAAUAA